GUUUCUGGGUUUUCAGUUUCAAUACCCGAGCGCCAUCUAGACUUAUAAAACUCGGGAUCGUUUUCUCUCCUUGCUCCACUUCUGGUCAGUUCUUACUAGAAGGCAAGUUAGCAGCGAACAUCACCCACAAUGGCUGAUUUAAGUGCCAGAGACGUCGAAAGGGCCAAUUUUGUGUUUUCCAUCUACGAUUUCGAAGGAAACGGCACCGUAGAUGCUGUUAACUUGGGUGACAUGCUCAGAGCCCUUAACCUCAACCCAACUUUGGUUACAAUCGAAAAGGUCGGUGGUACCAAAAAGAAAAAUGAAAAGAAAUUGAAAAUAGACGAAUUCCUCCCGAUUUUCAGCCAAGUUAAAAAAGAUAAAGAGCAAGGUAACUUCGACGAUUUUCUCGAAUGUCUCAAAUUGUACGACAAAGAAGAAAAUGGUAAAAUGAUGGCAGCCGAACUCGCCCACACACUACUGUCACUUGGUGAAAGGUUAGAAGACGCCGAAGCGGAAGAAGUUUUAGCUGAUUGUAUGGACAAAGAAGACGACGAUGGCUUUAUCCCAUACGAAUCAUUCCUUAAAAAAAUGAUGGCGUAAGAUGUUUUAGUUAUAUUUUUUAUUUUUUAAUCACCUGAAAAGUGCUGUUAAUAUUGAAAUGACUCAUUUAACAAACAGCUAUUGAACACCAGAAGUCAACCAGGGGAGGACCAACAACAAUUUCAUAUAGGCACUGCCCCCCAUCGACAAAAAUAUUUGAAAUAUUAUUUUUAAAUUAUUUUUGUUAAGUUAUUUGAAAAAUUUCAAAAUAUGUCAUUAAUAAAAUUCAAUAUAAUUUCAUAUUAAAUGUAAAUAAUUUUCCAAAAAAAAAAAUAUAUAAAUAUAUUCAUGAA